CUGAGCGGACACCGGGGCCAACGGGGCGGGGAGCGGGGAGCGGGACCGGGCCGCUCCGCAGCCUGACAUGAUGUUUCCACAAAGCCGGCACUCGGGCUCCUCUCACCUGCCGCAGCAGCUCAAGUUCACGACCUCCGACUCCUGCGACCGCAUCAAGGACGAGUUCCAGCUCCUGCAGGCCCAGUACCACAGCUUGAAAUUGGAAUGUGACAAACUGGCCAGUGAGAAAUCCGAGAUGCAGCGUCACUACGUCAUGUACUAUGAGAUGUCCUACGGGCUCAAUAUUGAAAUGCACAAACAGGCUGAAAUCGUCAAGAGGCUAAAUGGGAUCUGCGCUCAGGUCCUGCCCUACCUGUCCCAAGAGCAUCAGCAGCAAGUCCUGGGAGCCAUUGAACGGGCCAAGCAGGUCACAGCACCAGAACUGAACUCCAUCAUCCGUCAGCAGCUUCAAGCCCAUCAGCUCUCGCAGCUCCAAGCCCUCGCUCUGCCCCUGACCCCGCUGCCCGUGGGGCUGCAGCCGCCGGCGCUCCCGGCUGUCAGCGCUGGCACGGGGCUGCUCUCGCUCUCGGCCCUGGGCUCCCAAGCUCAUCUCUCCAAGGAGGACAAGAACGGCCACGACGGGGACGCCCACCAAGACGACGAUGGGGAGAAGUCGGAUUAGAGCGACCUGGGGAAGGGGGGGCA